UUCGGGUUUACUUAAAUCACAGGAGAAAGUUGGUGUAACAAUAUAGACCACCCGGUUUGGGUAUAUUUGUGCUACCUGCGAACUCGGCAACUUAUCCUUAAUUUUUUUGUACAUAACAUAGUAAUUUUUUUUUCAUAAUUCUUUCCGUCUAUGUUUGGUGUCCUUCAAGACUGAUAAAAAUUAUCAAUGCGGCGCUGUGGUCAAACUCAACCGUCCAACUAGUCGCACAUUAGGGGGCAAAUCAUCUAUCGAAUUAAAAAAUCCUUAAAAAUUUAUACCUUGGUUUAUAUCUUCCAAAAUAUAAUAGAAUAAAUAUAAAACCUCCGCAGUACUAUGACUCGGGAUAUUUGACAGUCAUUCAUCCUGAAGACUUGAUAAUUUAAAAUCAAAAUGACAUGUAAUAUGUGUGUGUUGGUUGAUUGUAAUUAUUUAAAUGCCUACUUUCCUAAAAUAUGGGAAACUACAUCAGUAACAUAUAUUCCAAUUUAGGUCGCUUUUUCGAAUACCCAGUGAAAAGAAAACCUAUAUGUUUUUAUCGCCAAGAAGAUUUUACGGCUACCGGCGAACCUCAAAGGAGAAUGACUAAUAUAAUGACCACGCCGAUGACCGAUUACGACAAACUUGUGGAUCAGUUCUACAAGCGGUUGGCCGAGCAGCGACAAUUCAACCAGGAUAUGAAAGAGAAAGACCGCCGCUGGAGCAUGCAGAAGGUGGUGGAACGUUUCCCCGGCUGGAACGAGGUCACCAUCGCCAACCUACACAGUCUCUUCUUGUUGUUCGACAACCAGUCCAACGGGAUGCUGGGAUUCGAUGACUUCUGUGCAGUACUGGAAAGCCUGGGGGAAGAAAGCGGUAUAGAGACUCGGAAAGACAAAUUCUUGGAGGCCGACUCCGACAACGACGGCUGGAUCACCUACGAUGAGUUUUUAUCGUUGGUGUACCAUUACGACCCCGUGCCGCCGGGCCAGUCGGGCCUCACUGGUUUAGCCCACCUCUGCAACGAGGUGGCGGAGAACAUUCAGUUUGUCAGUAACCUUACAGUUGGCGAACAACUAGAGUACGGGCUGUUUUGA